UAGUGGAAUAUUGCCUUCGGAAAUUGGACACAUGAAGCCGCUGCAGUAUUUGAACUUAAAGAAAAAUUCCUUCUAUGGUCCAAUAGCACCCACCAUUGGAAAUUUAUCAAAACUGGAAUACUUAGAUCUCUCUUACUAAUUUAGAUGGUUCAAUACCACCCACUAUUGUGAAUCUUGCCAAUUUAAGAUACCUUGAUUGUUCACGCAACAAAUUAAAUGGUCCAAUUCCACAUGACUUUGGAAAUCUAUCCAAAUUGGCUGAUUUAUCUCUCUCUUACAACAAACUAAACGGUCGACUACCAUCCGGGAUCGGGAAGCUAUCAAACAUAUAUUCAUUUAUGCUCUCUUACAAUCAGUUCAACGGGAAGCUUCCAUCCUCCAUCUGCAACCUAACGCGGGUUAAGUAUUUUUUUCUCUCAAAUACAAAUUUGGUGGAAACAAUUCCAAUGUGCUUUGGAAACAUGAGUAAAUCUCUAGACUUCUUACAUCUAAACGGGAAUCGAUUUAGGGGCCCAAUUCCAUCAACGUUUAGUAAGGAGUGUAGUCUCCGGUCCAUCAAUUUCAAUGGUAAUAAGUUGGAAGGAAAAUUACCCGAGUCAUUAGCCAACUGCAGCAGUCUAGAGGGCCUUGACAUCGGAAAUAAUAGAAUACAUGGCAAUUUUCCAUACUGGAUGGAAGCCUUUCCUCAACUUCGGGUGCUAGUCUUGAGGUCUAACAAGUUUGAUGGUAACAUGUCACCGUCUUCACUAACGAACCAUCCCUUUCCCAUGUUGCAAGUUUUAGAUAUAUCUGGAAAUGCAUUUGUGGGCUCUGUACCUGAAAGGUAUAUCAACAAUUUCAAUAUAAUGAUAAACACAACUAAGGAUAAUAUUAUUGGAAAUAGUAUUGAAAAUUUCUUUAGGAUAUUAUUGGAGAUGAGAGUAACUUUGAAAGGUCAACAUCAAUUAUUGGAGAGAUUAUUGGAAGGCUUUACGUUGAUUGACUUCUCUUCGAAUAGAUUUUCAGGGAGUAUUCCGUGUUCUAUAGGAAAUCUUCAAUCUCUCAGAUACUUGAACUUGUCGCACAAUAACUUCAUAGGAAAUAUACCUUCAUCUCUUGCAAACAUUAGUACACUUGAAUCGUUGGAUUUGUCUUCAAACAGUAUGGAUGGAGUGAUUCCAAGUGAAUUGACAGGGUUGACAUUUCUUACGAAAUUAAACCUUUCAAUGAAUGAUCUGGUGGGAGAAGUACCACGAUCUAACCAGUUUUCUACAUUUGAGAAUGAUUCGUAUGUGGAAAACUUUGGGCUAUGUGGAGUUCCAUUGACGAGAAAAUGCAAAGAGGAGACAAGACCAAUAGAAAAAGAGGAUGAUGAAGACGAAGAUGAAUUUAUAGAUGGAUUUGGGUGGAAAAGUGUAGUGAUGGGGUAUGGAUGUGGAUCUAUUGUUGGAAUUGGUAUUGGUUGUCGUGUUCCUCGUUAUGGAAAACCAAGAUGGUUAGUUGAAUUCUUUUUUGGCGUUGAAUAUUAUAAGAAGAAGAAGAAAAGGAGACAGAGUAAAGCAACACCAACACAAAGGAGAAGAUGAUUCAAUGCAGAAAGUUGUGUGGUUUUUUUUAGUAUCAGUUUUAUAGUUUUACAUGUGGGUAAAUCAAUGACAAAGAUGUCUUCAACAUAUUUAAUUUCUAGAGCAA